AUGAGCAGAGCUCACUGUGGCAGUGAAAGACGGACGUGCUGGGGACAGAGAGAGCAAUUCGCCGUGGAACUGUUUUCAUUUACAGCUAUUUAUGCCACGACGAGAGAAAUAGCUUACACUGACUGAAAGCGUAGGAAUAUAGUGGACUAAAGAAGCACACUCCUGGUCCAUUUUUUUUUAUCUUAAAAAAAAGUAUAAAUCCAAGCGACCGGAUAGCUUUCACACAAGGGCGUGUGUGGGUCUCCGGGAGCAGCGGCUCGCUUUUUAACCCUUGCAUGUUGGUACUGUAUAAAUUUGAUAUUUUUGCAUCACUUGGGUCGGGAGGAUUUGCUUGAGGAUGGGGUGUACCCUGAGCACCGACGAUAAGGCGGCGGUGGAGCGCAGUAAAAUGAUCGACAGGAAUCUGCGGGACGACGGGGAGAAAGCCGCAAGAGAGGUCAAGCUACUGCUCCUCGGUGCUGGUGAGUCGGGGAAGAGCACAAUAGUCAAGCAGAUGAAGAUCAUCCACGAGGCAGGCUACUCGGAGGAGGAGUGUAAACAGUACAGGGCUGUGGUCUACAGCAACACCAUCCAGUCCAUCAUCGCCGUCAUCCGAGCCAUGGGACGACUCAAGAUCGACUUUGGAGACGCCGCCAGAGCCGAUGAUGCGAGACAGCUGUUUGUGCUGGCGGGGUCGGCAGAGGAAGGCUUCAUGACGGCGGAGCUGGCCGGGGUCAUCAAACGCCUGUGGAAGGACGGAGGGGUACAGGCCUGCUUCAGCCGAUCACGAGAGUACCAGCUCAACGACUCUGCAGCAUAUUACUUAAACGAUUUGGACAGGAUAUCCCAAGCCACCUAUAUCCCGACCCAGCAGGAUGUCCUGAGGACUAGAGUCAAAACCACAGGCAUUGUGGAGACACAUUUCACCUUCAAGGACCUCCACUUCAAGAUGUUUGAUGUUGGAGGUCAGAGGUCCGAGAGGAAGAAGUGGAUCCACUGCUUCGAGGGUGUCACUGCCAUCAUCUUCUGUGUGGCGCUCAGCGACUAUGAUCUGGUGCUGGCUGAAGAUGAGGAGAUGAACCGGAUGCAUGAGAGCAUGAAGCUGUUUGACUCCAUCUGCAACAACAAGUGGUUCACAGACACCUCCAUCAUCCUCUUCCUCAACAAGAAAGACCUGUUUGAGGAGAAGAUCAAGAAGAGUCCUCUAACUAUCUGUUACCCAGAAUACGCAGGCUCCAACACUUACGAGGAAGCUGCGGCCUACAUCCAGUGCCAGUUUGAGGACCUGAACAAGAGGAAGGACACCAAGGAGAUCUACACUCACUUCACCUGCGCCACCGACACCAAGAACGUGCAGUUUGUCUUCGACGCCGUCACGGACGUCAUCAUCAAGAACAACCUGAAAGACUGUGGACUCUUCUAAGACCUGGAUUUAAUCGAUGGAAGUUUUCUGGCGGUGAAAAGCCAGCAUAAUGUGCGUUUUUGGGGAGAAGUUCACAAGAAUCUGAGUGGGGAGAAUCAAUUAUGGACCAUUGCUGUACUAUAUGCCACUUUUAACGGAUUUAUUUAUGUUUUUGUCUUGGAACAUUUUGAAUUCGCUUUUAAACAUUUGUGUUGGAUGUUUGUGUCGUUGUAAAAUCAUUUUCACACUUUUUUUCUUUUUUUUUUUUGGAAGAGUAAGCUUGUUUUAUUUAGUUUGUUCCUUUUUUAAACCCUCUCUGGAAAAGGAAGCUUGCAUUUUGGUGGAAAUAUUCCUUUUCUCCCUCCCCAAUUGUUAGGGGAAAGGGAUUUGAUUUGAGCUCAGUUUGUUUGUACUUGUGCCUUUUGCGUGUCCUUUUUCUCUGCAGUCACUGACCAAAUUGCUAUUUUUUUUGCCUGCUGAAAUCGUUCCAACAUAAACGGUGAAACGUUUCCUAAGGGAUAUUAACAAUCUUUUGUGCACAUUCCCAACUAAUUUAGUGGCGAGAUUCCUCGUGGUCCAAAUGUAUGUGUGUCUCGAUGGUCACCAACACAAGCCCUGCCCACAGGCUGUCCCAUACUGACAAAGGGAUGUGUGUCUCGAUGGUCACCAACACAAGCCCUGCCCACAGGCUGUCCCAUACUGACAAAGGGAUGUGUGUCUCGAUGGUCACCAACACAAGCCCUGCCCACAGGCUGUCCCAUACUGACAAAGGGAUGUGUGUCUCGAUGGUCACCAACACAAGCCCUGCCCACAGGCUGUCCCAUACUGACAAAGGGAUGUGGUUUUUAACAGUACACCAUAUCCUAUGUGUAUUCAAUAUGAACCCUAGCUAGGUCAGGGAGCUUACGUUAUGCUGUGGAAUGACAGAAUAGCUCAAUCGGAGUCAUAUUUUACUGUAUAUUUUAAGAUUUAUUUAAGGUGGCUUCGGGGACUUGGUCUCUGCGAUCACUGCAGAAUCACAAUUGUAAAGUAAAAAUGAAUGGGGAACAAACACAUGGUUAAGGUCUGUAACCAGCCACAGCUGUCUGUGUGUUCUCCAACAGACGGGGAGCCUUUGUACACUCAUUCCCUUAUUUUGCUAAUAAAACCCUUUACAAACCA